CUCCAACGAAUCAUAGUGUGAAGAUGAAGCAGAUGAUGAAGACAUUUGCUGCUCUGGGUAUGCUGCUCCUCCUGGCGGGCAUGGGCAGUGCCGCCUCGUGCGAGUACUCUUACGACGCUCCGGAGGAGUGGGGCACUGUCUGCAAUGCGCCGCUCUGCAACCAGACCAUGGGCGCCCAGUCGCCAAUCGACCUUAUGCCGACGGCGACAGUUGCUACUGCUGCCGCCAUUCAUCCUAUCUACGGAAGUGCUUCUGGGCUUGAGGUCGAGAACAAGGGCCACACCAUCCAGGUCUCCUACAACGCCUCGACCAUGUUCCGCAUCGAGUCAACGGCGCUCGGCGCCACCCGCAAGGUCCUUCAGCUCCACUUCCACACUCCUUCCGAGCACACUGUCAACGGCAUGCACUACCCGCUGGAGAUGCAUGUGGUCCAUGCCGAUGCUUCCAACAACCUCGCCGUGCUCGGCAUUUUCUUUGAGACCUCGUCCAUGACCUCGCCGCUGCUGCAGUCGGUUGUGGCCAACGCUGACGAUCUUGCCGCCAAGGGCGACAAGGCCAUGGCCUCGCUCGACCUCACCGAGGUUUCCAAGGCCGGCCUCUCGUACUGGUCGUACCCUGGCUCGCUCACCACCCCGCCGUGCUCCGAGGGUGUCUCGUGGAUGGUCCUCCAGUCGCCGCUCAAGGCGAGCCAGGCCCAGAUCGACGCCAUCGAGGCCAUCAUCGGCAAGUCCAACCGCCCCACGCAGCCGCUGGCCGGCCGCUCGGUCUCCUCUUACCGCGCCCCGGCUGCCGCCGCCAUGUCGUCGAAUUCCAUGGCUGCCGCCAUGGCUGCCGACUCGGACGACGACGACUCGUCGGCUACCGCCGGCGCCGCGCUCUCUGGCGUCAACCUUGCCCUGCUGGUCAUCAUGAUGACUGGCCUCACCGUUGCCGUUGUGGUCUUUGGCAUUCGCCUGCAAUACAUCACCCGCCUGCUCCUUUCCCUCGGUGCCGAGGUCGAGACUGCCAAGCCGGCUGCCGCCAAGAAGAGCAAGGGCAAGGGCAAGAAGAAGGGCACUCUGUUCUGGUCCGACUCGACCGACACCGACGAGGCCACCGAUGCCCGCACCGGCCUCUCGUACGACGAGUCCGACGAGGAGUCGUCGUGAGUCGCACGCGAUCCUGAUGUAAACACACCUUCGUUUUGC